UGACGACGUCACGUGACCCACGCUACCCGCCAUCUUUGCUUAUCGUAUAAACAGUGCAACCGGGCUCCCCGCGAUUUCUACUAACAAAUCUGUGGUUUUCCUGUGUUUUUGAGUGAUUUCGACACGAAGAAAUGUCCGACAUUAAAGCGGAGACCAAGAGUGACAACAGUAUCGACGACGUGUCAAAGGAUCAGACAGUCCAAGAUAAACCAACUCCCACCAAAAAUAAACGUGGUGGAACCAAACGGCUAUCGACUUUAGAACGAACGGCCCAGGAAGGAGAGGCUAUCAUAAAGGGCUUGAACACCGCCGUUGGAGAAAUGGAGGGAAGAAGGCGCACUCGCAGCUCGGCGCGUGGACUAAGCACCCCAACUCCGGCUCCAUCUCCUCCAAAAAAGGAAAAGAAAGAAACUCCGGCCAAGGGUACUGGUCGUGGACGCGGGCGUCCUAAAAGGCAAGAUAAAAACAAUGAAAACAAUACGGAGGAAGAAACGGUCAACAAUAAGAAUGACAAGAGUGGAGCUGAUGAAUCUACGAAGAUGGAAGUCGAUGAAAUCAAAGAAGACGAAGUUGAAAAACCAGUCAGUGAAGAAAAGAGUCCGGAAGUGCCGGUAGAAAGUAAAGAAGUUGCGGAAUCCAAACCAGAGACGAACUCCGAGGAGGAAAAAACGACAGAGGAAUCGGAAAAUUCUUCGGAGAAGCCUAAAAGUGAAACGCUUCCCAGCGAAACGAAAAAAGAUGAGAAAGAUGAAGUCAAGGACACUUCUGACUCUAGCCAAGACGCGACGGAUGCUGCAGCGGACGUUCCAUCUCCUUCACCUCCCUCUUCGGAGACUCCAAAGUCUGCUCCAGCUACCAAUGCAACCACGAUUCCAAGCUCCACCACCAACACAACUACCAACACUAAUAGCCCAGUUACAGCUGCCAAUACCGUCAACUCUCCAACGGGCAAUACCACGACAACUACCAACGCCACCACCACCCCCACUACUACCAACACCACCGAGGAUAAGAAGGAAUAACGUCCCUCCGCCUACUUUAACCACAUCUUUCAUGUACCAAGGCGGCGCACACAUCGGGGUUCACAAAUCCAGUCCCCUCGUCUAUUUUAACUAAGUGACACCUCGUUGUUAAUCGUCAUUCUAAUCAGCGCAUCUGAUUAUUUUUACUACUCUUAAUGUCCAGUUAUAAUUUACUAUAUUAAGUAUCUGAAAAGCGGUCGCUUUAGGUGCUUACACAGUUCUGUCUUCAGGUAUAAUGAAGAAAAAAGAGAAAGAAAAAACUGACCGUGGAAGCAUAAAUAUUCAAUUUCGAUGGUAACGUUAGGUAUUACCAUAUUGUAUGUAAAGACAAUCUUUCAUGUCGCAUGCCGUUCAUUACAUUAGCUGUGCUGGUUAGCGGCGAUGACAAAAUUUGGUGUAGAGCAUACAUUGUUCAUGUACAAUGAUAAUAUUAUUGUAAAAUAUAUUUAAUAUGGACUCAUAUAGAUCCGCUGUUUUCAAAUCUGAGCUGGGACUGGAGUUUUUAUUGAUGAACAAAGGAAGAAAAAAAAAAGAAGAGAAUACAUGAAACACAUCUCCAAUCCUGGCAUUGAUCUGAAAAUAGUUUUAAUUAAAAUAUCUUUGUAGAAAAUUAUUAUAAUAUUUCUUACCAAUGUGAAUUACGAUUGAAUGAAACUGAGUAUAUGAAUUACGUGGCGAGAUGAUUUCUUCUUGUACAUUUAUUUUAUUUUAUUUUUUUUUGUUUUUUGGUUUCGUCAUUUUCUUUUUCUGUGGUAAGCAGAAAUGAAAUUUCUGAUCAACUUAAUAAUCAGAUUGGCUAUUUAUAAAAAAAAGAAAAGAAAUUAAUGAACAUAUAAAUAAAAAUGAAUUGAAUAUAAAGUAAAAUAUUAAAUCUAUCUGUUACGAGAUUAAAUCUAAUAAGCUGUAUCCUUGUUUUGUUUUCAUCACUUCCGUAUUGAAUACAUGAUUAUUUUGUAUUUUGCCAAUAACUCUUUUAUUGCAAUUUAUCGUACGUUAAACGUACAGGGGGGUAAAAAAACGAAUCAAUUGAAAAUAAUACGAUAUUUUACUCACAUAAGUCUCGUUUGUCGUCGCUGUGCAGUUUUAUUAUUUCGUUUUUCUUUUUUUCUUCUAUGUUCUAAUUUGAAUUUGAAAUAAAUAACAAGAGUGGUAAACAAAAAAAAGAAAAGAUAGCUCUCAUGAAACUUGUUUGAUGAAUUUUUUUAUAGACAAACGUUAAAUCUUCGACUUCACUUUGCUAUCAAAUUAUACAUAUAUACAAAUGUAUAAGCGUAUAUACUGUAUUGCGAACAUGAUGUUACUUUUAUAAACAAAAGGAGAUGGAAAAAAAAAGGAAAAAAAAACAAACAAAAAAACCAUUUGAAAGUUCAAUCAGUUCUCGAUCAUUUUUUUUUUUUUUUUCUGGAUAUUUUAUUUCUUCCGUACAUCCUGGUCCAAUAUUAAAUAUGUUAAUAUUAUUGUGUAUCUGAACGGUUGUGAGUGUACAGAUAGAUUAUAUGAUCGAUGCACUAUAUUCAGCAAGACCGCACUUAACGAGACAUUCAUACCAAAUUAUGAUACGAUCAAUUAUUUCUGUUAUUAUAAUAUAGGUAAUAAAUAAUUGUUAGCAGUUUAAAAUGAAUGUCAACUUUUAAUAAUACGUUAUAGUGUGAAACGUUGUUAUAAACUAUGGUGUACCAUCUAGAUUUUCACCUCAUCGUACCAUUAUCUCACGAGGCUUGUUACAUACAUUCCACCAAACUUCACGUCGCUCUUUUUGCUCUGUAUGUAUGUAGAUAGAAUUUUUCUACCGUCAAAUACUGUAUAUUGAACCCGAAACAAGGGGCAAGAGUAUAAGAAUUGUAUUUGCUAAAAAAAAAAUUUAAACUUGUGCGAAAAACUCGAUCGGUGUAUUCAUAGUUACACAGAAAAAAAACAGGAACAAAAAGAAAAUUAAAAAUUAAAAAAUAUUACUCCAAACUGUCGAUACGAAUGAAAGAAAAAAAGAAAAGAGUCUAGUUGGUAAUUUGCAAUCAUUAUAUACAACAUAUAUGUAUAAGUAUAUAAAUAUACAUACUAUAUAUAGAUACUACCACAGCCCGUGUAAAUAUAUAUAGUAAAUGCUUAGGUGGAAAAUAAUGGAAUUUGUAUUCGACGAUUGUGAAAAAUAUUAGAAGAAGGGAAGAAAAAACAAGAAACUAAAAAACCGUAAGGAACGGAGUGAUUAAAUUCUAAAAUAAAGAAAAAAGAAAGAGAAAAAAUUUUUUAACAAAUAAGUAAAAGCAGUGAAGAAUAUUUUGGAAAAUUUUAUAACGGGUGUGUAACUAAGUGAUGAUGACGCAGACUGCGGAUCGUUUGAUAAUACAUUGGAGUCUCGUUUGGUGCAGGUUAUAUAGAUUAGUAUAAAUGAUUAGAGUUACAUAUAGAAUAAAUAUUUACUAUAUGAACAAUAAUAAUGGUUAUUGACUUGUUCCGGAACUCGACAACUUUACUGGAAUAUAGGUGUUGAAGAAGAAAAAAAUGAAAUACAUAUAUUAGCAUAUUAUCAUUGAAAAAGAGAAAAAAAAAUGAACAAAAAAACAACUUUCAAAUUAUUAACGAGUGAAUUGUGAAAAGACGUGAAAUUGUUUUCGUACAUUUUCUUCUUUAGUUCAGGUCAGAUUCUCAGCAGUUUUUUUUUCUAAGCCGCUUCUAACUCUUUUAUUAGGUCUAUCUUUGACUUACAAUUAGAUCAUUGAGUACGCUCAGAUCUCAUUCCUAAUUAUUCGCCUAUCCAUUUUGUCGCGUUAGCCAUGUUUUCAUUUUAUUUAAUAGUAAAAAUUCAAUAGGACCAUUUCUGGUGAACAUCGUCCGACGAGCACGGCGACAACGACUACGAUAAACAGGGAUGGUUGUUAUCGGUGAUCGUCAUCAUCCUCGUAAGACAAUGACAAUUGCAGAUCGACUUUUGUAACAAACUUGCUUUAUUGAAAAACAAAUAAAUGAAUAAUUAAUUAAAAAUAAA